AUGGUCUUGAGAGGUGCGGAACCCCAGCCUGACUGGCAGCUGCAUGACUGCAUUGAAGUUGCAAAAUUUGACACCUAUAAGGAAGCACGAAUAAAGCUGCGGUGUGCUGAAGAUACAUCUGAUAUCUGCAGUGACCGCGAGUACGGCCGAGGAAAAAGGAAGAAGAAGCGCAAAGUAUGGUCUGAUGAAUCCCACGAGCCUGUCCAUCGCUUGUUGGCGGUUCCGCACGUCCCAGGCCCUCAUCUCAGCCACAGCCUUCACGUCUGCCUGCCUCCUCGCAACACCAGGAAGGACCUGAAGCACUGCAACAUGAACCUUCGUCAGCUGAGCCAUGGCAUCUGCACACUGGCGGUACAACCCAGCAUCAAGGUAAAUGACGGCUGCAGUGGGCAGCUUGUUCUUCAGUUACAAUGCUAUUUUUAUAUGGAACAAGGUGUCAGGGGCCAAAACACGAAGCACCCACGAGCAGCAGAUCGCACAUCAAGCCACGCGUACCAGAACUUAAGCUCAGGAUACUGUCAGGAAACGCUAACACUUCUGCACACCAUAAGGCUAGUGCAGCAAAAGCAAAGUGAGCAGUUGCUGGUCAUUAUCAGCAAGCUGAACAGCAGCACCACUGUUGAUCAACUGUCGACUGCAAGCUGCUUCGAUGAGCAGAUUAAAACUACAGAGGAGCUCAUGGCCUUCGAAGAGGAGCUAAAGAACAACCCUGAGAAAAGAAACCAACUUAAGCUCUUUAUGAAAUUCAUAGGAGGCUCUGAUGUAGGAGAGAAAACAAGCAGGAUCUUGUCAAAAUUGCUGUCGAUCAACGUGGGCAAGGAUUUCAGCCUCCAUGGUACGAAAGGGAAACGAAAGUUCACCGACCUCCAGAUAUGGAAGCUGAUGUGCGGUUGCUUGGUGCCAGUGAACCAACAGCAAGCUGAAAAGGAAGGUACUAUGAAAAACGUAGAAAAAGCUGCACAGUCAUGGUUGCGUCAUGCCCCUGAUACCUACAAAAAGCAACAAGCCAAAGCAAGUGGAGAAAGUGCCAGUCAGCAGUAAACAUGUUGCGGGCACCACAUUCAGCAUACAGACAUUGAGCCAGUCUCAU